GGCGGCCGCCAAAAGCCGUUUGCAACACGUUUUAGCGGCCACGUUGGCGAAAACGGUGGAAAAUGCCAUAGUUUCGGCGUUAAUCAGAACCACCCAGUGAAACCUAUAUUUUCAUCCCGCUCUUCCUUCCAUCCGUCCUCUUCUCAUCUAUCCGUCGACCUUCAAUCGCUGCUUCGGACUCGUGUCAGUGUGUGCAUUCCGCCCUCAAUGGUGAAUCAAUAAUUAAAGUGACAGUGCAGUGGUUGCGCGAUCGUGUGCCGGGUCAAGAUGUCGGUGAAGAUGACAAGGUAUAAACAAGCCGAAUUCGAGGACGAAGACAGCAGCAGCAUCGGCUCCGUCGCUCUAAAUAGCGAAGGCAUCAGCACGUCCGCUACGCAUAUAAGAUAUCAUACAGGUACAACAAUGUGGAAGGCGAGAAGCACUUUGGAGAGAUGCCUCCUCGUAAUUUGCGCUGUGUUGAUGUUGACGAUCGUGGUCCUCGCUAUUGUUAUCAGCAGCAGAAAUAGUUGGGACGAGGCUCAAAUUCUUCAUGUUGCCUCUCACGGAGGAGACGACACGCAUUGUCUGACAGAACACUGUGUAACGGUGGCGGCGUCCAUAAUUAAUAGUAUAGAUACCUCCGUUGAUCCUUGCGACGAUUUUUACGAAUACGCGUGCGGCGGCUGGAGAAAGAAAAACCCAAUCCGGAUGGAAGAGGUUGGGACGUUCGGCAAACUGGAUCAGGAUAAUCAGUUGGUCGUCAAGAAUGUUCUCGAAAAACCGUUCAGCGAGAUGAAAUCGAAAGCUGAGAAAAAGGCCAAGUAUUAUUAUCAAUCUUGCAUGGAUGCAAAUGAGACGAUCGAAGCGCUCGGGGCCAAGCCGAUGCUGGAACUGCUGGAAAAUAUCGGCGGCUGGAACAUUUCCGGCAAGUUCAAUAUAAGCACGUGGUCCCUGCAGAACAGCAUGCACGUUCUGCAAAACGUUUACAAUAUGGGUGGUCUAUUCUCUUGGGCUGUGAACGAGGAUGAUCGGAAUAGCAGUAGACACAUAAUUCAGAUCGAUCAAGGAGGCUUGACGCUACCAACAGCGGACAAUUAUCUUAAUGUGACCGAGCAUGGCAAAGUGCUGGCCGCGUAUUUAGAUUACAUGACGAAGAUCGGCGUGCUCUUAGGCGGCGAGGAGAACUCCACGAAGAGACAGAUGCAAGAUAUAAUCACCUUUGAGACGAAGCUCGCGGAGAUCACCACGCCGCCGGAGGAUCGCAGAGACGAAGAGAAGCUGUACAAUCUCAUGUCGUUGAACGAAUUGCAACGUAAAGCACCUUUCAUGUCGUGGGUGGACUACUUUCAAAAUGCUACGCGUCUGGUUAAUAAAAAAAUUAGUAGUAAAGCGCUGAUCGUGAAUUUUGCGCCGGAGUACUUCGCUAAACUGACGAAAGUUGUGCAGCAGUACAACAAUACAACUGAUGGAAAGAUAAUAUUGAAUAACUAUCUGGUUUGGCAGACCGUGAGGUCCUUGACGGCGUGCCUGUCGAAGCCAUUCCGGGAUGCUUACAAAGGCCUGCGGAAAGCUUUACUCGGCUCGGAAGGUCUUGAGGAGCAAUGGCGUUACUGCGUUAGCGACGUUAAUAACGCUAUGGGUUUCGCCGUUGGCGCAAUGUUCGUCAGAGAGGUUUUUCACGGAAAGAGUAAGCCCAUGGCGGAGGAAAUGAUUAAUCAAGUUCGCAAAGCGUUUACGAAAAAUCUAAAAAAUCUGGACUGGAUGGACGCAGAGACGAGAAAAGCCGCCGAGGACAAGGCAAACGCCAUCACCGACAUGAUCGGCUUCCCGGAUUUUAUUCUGCAGCCCAGCGAGCUCGACGAGCGCUACAGAGAUCUGACGAUCAAACAGUACGAGUAUUUCCAGAAUAAUUUGCGCGUGAACAAGUACAAUUUGCGUAAAAACCUCGAGAAGCUCGAUCGAGUGGUGAAUAAGACUACUUGGAUAAUGACGCCGCCGACCGUGAACGCUUAUUAUACGCCUACCAAGAAUCAGAUUGUCUUUCCCGCCGGUAUUCUUCAGAGUCCGUUUUACGACAGACAGAAUCCUAAUAGUUUGAACUUUGGAGGAAUAGGUGUAGUCAUGGGACACGAAUUAACCCACGCUUUCGACGACCAAGGUCGAGAGUACGAUUUACAUGGAAAUUUGCAUCAGUGGUGGAAUGACGCGACGAUAGAGCGAUUUAAAAAUAGAACAGAAUGUUUCGUGGAACAAUACAACCAGUAUCAGAUACAAAGUCGAAAUAUAAAUGGCCGGCAGACGUUGGGAGAGAAUAUCGCGGACAACGGAGGCCUUAAGGCAGCGUAUCACGCUUAUCUAUCGACGUCUAAGAGCUACAAGGACCUACUGCUGCUACCCGGUCUUAACCUAACGCAUCGUCAACUAUUCUUCCUAAAUUUCGCACAGGUUUGGUGCUCCGCUACGACGUCCGAAGCGGUGGCUCUUCAGAUCGAGAAGGAUUCUCAUUGUCCACCAAAGUACAGAGUGAUAGGACCACUUUCAAACCUGCCCGAGUUCGCGGUGGAAUUUAACUGCCCUAAAGACUCGAAGAUGAAUCCGAUUCAUAAGUGCGAAGUGUGGUAAUUACUCGUACUUUUCCCGACUGAUUCAAGACAGUUCGGUUGAACAUGAUUUCUGGCGAUCGCGGUGCGAUCGUCGAGGCUGUUCUACAUGCCGUUGCAUAAUGGAAGUAGCACGUCGUAGAGCACGGAACGAGUUUCGGGCAUUAGAUUGUACGUUUGUUAAUUUUUUAUACACACAUCUUUUUUAUCACAUAACACCUUAUUAUGUGAUUACAAAAUUGACGAAAGAUUUAACGCAAUUUUUAAGCGCCGACGAAAAUUAUGCAAAAUUUUAAUGCCCGUUUUUGACUGCACAUUUUAUUUGCUAAUUUUGAACUUUCUUGUUUUGAUUAUUUUGUAAAUUUACAUUUAAAUAUAUAUAGCAAAAGUGUGCGAUAAUUACUUUUUGAAUAAACUUUAGUUAUUAUUUGUCAUUUCUUAAAAUAUAGAUCUCAACUCAAUAGAAUUUAUAUAAUAUUGAAUUUUUUAAAUCAAAUUGCGCAAAAUAUGCCAUUCAAAAUAUGAUAUUCUUAAAAGAAUUCUGAUAAAAGAUCUAUUGAACAGUAUAUUUUCUAUUAUAAAUCCAAAUUACUCUUUUGCAUCAUUUGUAGAGCAAAUCGGUAUUUCUUCACAAUUAAAAAAUCUGAACUUUAUUAACAAAAAUAAACUAUUUGUAUAAGCUAAAUGCCUCGAACAAGUACGUGCAAACUAUAAUAUGAUCGAGGGGAGUUUUUAUUUGUCGAAAGGACACUAGGACCAUUAUACGUAUUUUUCUUAAUUACGUUGUACUGCGAUUAAUUUCUUUUCGGCAUAGUCCAACCAUGGUUUAUCGAGAUUCACUAAAGAGCAACAUCUAGCAGCAUUAAUAAGCGCAAAAAUAUUCUUAACGUGCAGCAUAUUUUUCACUUUUAUACACGAUACCAAUAUUAUACAAUGCCAAUUAAUUGAUUAAAGCGUAUGCAGGACGAAUGGCUGAAAUAAAUUUUUUAAAUGUUGAAAUUUUUAUAUUUGAAUCAUCGAUAUUAUUUCACUUUUGAUGCGAUCUCGGUAAACUACGGCUGGAAGACAACCGUAACUUUUGCUAGCAGGAUCUAUUCUAGCGUUUUAAGCUUGAAAAGUUUAUUUUAUAAAAAUUACUUACUUAUAUGACUAGCUAGACGAAUUUCGGAACGUCGAGAUUGUGGCAACGCGUGAUACGAUGCACUAUUGCUGAUAACAAGAGAAAUAUUUUUAAAUGUGUGCUUAAUUGUAUAUUUCGUGCCAUCCAGCGCAUACUUGAGCGAAUCAAAGGUUUGACUCCGUCUGACGGAAAGGCGUCUCCGCUAAAAAUAAGUCAGCUUAAAAGAAUUUAAACACACAUAGUGUGAAAUACAUACCUAAUCUUCAAAAGCAGAAGUUGCUUUCAGAAUUGUUAAUUUUCUUUUCACGUUAAAGCGUAGAGAAGAAUUUCUAAGUAUUGUAUCGAAGUUUCUGUCUCUAACGAUUAAGUAUUUUAUCCUGGAGAUAUUAAUUGUUUACUCUGUUCUAUUUAAUUAUUAUAUAUAUUUUUAUAGAUUAUUAUAAAUGCGUAUAUUAUAAACAGUACUUGUGCGUAUAUGUUUGCGAGAUGUUGUUUGAUCUCAUACUUACAGAUUUUUAUCAGAAUAUAAUUCUCUAUACGUAUUCCUUUCCUUCUUUUUAGUUGAAAUAAUUUUAUGCAAGAGUUUAUGGCGUAUAAAGUUUCAUUGAUAAAGGCUGAUUUUGUAAAUAAUGUGGUUUCUAGAUCGGAGAGUUUAUGCGUCUAUUGAUAGAAUAACGUAGAAUAUCUGAUUUCUAAUUUUCAUUGAGAUUAAUUUUAGCGUUUCUCCAAUUUUGUAAUAGGAAAGAAUAAGUUUCUCCGUAAUGGCCGGCAGCAAUUUUCUGUUACCGUGCAAAGACGAAGUCGAAUAGGCAAAUACCUAAUACGUAAUAUCUUGGAAUUAUGGACAAUAUAAGAACUAUUGAUAAUCCAAUUGCACUCUUUGCGGUAACGUGAAAGAAAAGUCGUCGAUGAAAAAUUUCGUGUGUCAUAUCUUCCAAUGCAAAGCGGACUUUAAGACUAUACAUAUGAUAAAAAUGAAAAUUUGCGAUAUGUUUUUAUAUUAUAAAGUUUUUGUAAUUAUAAAGUUUCAUUCUUAUUACUGAACUUUGUUCGCGGAAUUCAUUCGGGAAAGAGCUUCAAUAGCGCUGUGAGCGCAACAAUAUUGCAGUUCGAGUGAGUUUUGCGUGCUUCAAAAGAGAGGCGAAUCAAAAUCCAAUUUCUUUUUUCAACGUACAUCAGAAGGAAAUAAAGGUACACUUCCGUACAGCGUAUGAAGGAAAAAGAAGAAAUAUUAUAUAGAUAGUAAAAUGUCAUUGUACAUUGCGUAAGAUACACUUAUUACUGACGCACGUAAUAAAUUCACUUAAGAUCAAACGAUCCAAUGAUUAUCAAUGAUGUUCGUAUAAAUCGCGGCAGCAGGAUGAAAAGUAUCUCGAUAACAAUAAUCCACACAACGGUUACGCUUAACUUUUUCUUAGCUUACACCACUAAAUACUGAGGAAGUGUGUUAUUCUCGUCGGAAUAUUGUAAACUUUAGAAGCCCACGUACCCUCUCUGAUACAGUCAUUAAAUGCAUACUGAGGUCACAAUUCACGAUUUCUCUCUUCAUUUUUUUUUUUUUUUUAUUAUUAAGCAAGACAAAGAUUUCAUUGUCGGAAAAUAUCUCUUAGAGCAAAAAAUAAUCAAAUAUUAACACAUUUUUAUGCUCAAGAGAAUACGAUAUCUUGCAAGACAAAAAAAAAGUGUUAAGACCCGUUGGAUAUCUAGGAUUAAGUCUAGGGCCCCUAUUUAGGAUUAAGCUUAUCAGAUUUGAGAUCGGUGAUAAUGCGGAAAGAGGGAACUUUCACACAAAAUAAUUUGGGGCAUUCUGUCUACGCAUUUUAUUCCUUAUUGGAAUCGCCCCCCUUCCCCUUCUCUUCCUCUCGCGUCUCUCUUGAAAAGUGGCAAAAAUUAUCACGUAAGAAAAAGCCAAAGUUUCUCUAAUUACAACGUAAGAUCCGUAUAGGCCUUAAAUAUUUUAUGCCAAUUGCAUUUGUAAAUGUCCAUUGUUUAUAAUGAUUGUGAAUAACGUAUUGUAACAAUGAGAAGAGUGUUGUCUCUACGGUUGUUGCGCGUUGCGUUUCGAAAACACUAUUCGUGUAUGGUUUGUGUAAUACAAAAAAAAUGUAUUGGUCAUUAAUGAUGUUCGUCGUAAUUAUUUUUUUGGAUUGUACUAUGCUUGCAUUAUUAAAUCAAAAUUAAAGAAGCAGAGCAAUUCUUUCAUGCUCACCACUAAAA